CUUGGGAUAUGGUUGUAGCCAUACUAUUGCCUGAGGUGGGGCUUGAACGUUCGUGGCUCAAUGCUCAAGCAUACCGGAACGGCCGUAGCAGAUGGACGCAUCAAGAGUGGAACAUGAACGCGACUUCUUCUUACGACGGUGCAGUCAAGCUUCGCGCCAUCUGCACGGCCAAUCCAUUGCGUGGGAAGCAUGGCGUGAGGAAGCACAGUGGCCGACACCAGACGCCUGCGGCAUCAUACUCAGGAGGAUUAACAGGCAGGUGGCUCCACACCGCCCAGUCGGUAAGCCGCUAGACAUCGGACAAUCAGAGAUGGCUCGAUGACUCAUUUACCGUGCAAUGUGGGAGUUUCAGUCCCACGCCUGCUGAAUCGCACGAAUACAGCAAAACUGUAGCCGUGCCCACAUGGUCUAAAGUCGACGUGCGAAGAGUUGCAACGAGCUCGUCUAUUCCCGGUAUGUAUCAGUCGCUCUUUAUGAGAGCGUCGAUGUAUCCAGUCAUGUCUUGUGCAUGCUCAAAUUCUCCGGGUUGCUGUGGGACGAACGACUCGUCAUGCCGCUCUUGGCAAGCUUGGUGUCCUGAACUGCGAGCACCUCCCGUAAUAGAUAACACCG